AUGGCCCACAGCCAGGCCCGCAAGCGAGAGAGGAGCAGGAGCAAAAGCCGUUCUGGGAGCAGACAGGACAGGAGGGAGAAGAAGAGGAGGAAGAGCAGCAAGGACUCAGCCCCGGGCAGCAGCUCCCCUCCCAGGAAGGAGCCCUCUGGGUCACACCGGCACAAGUCGAGCUCAGCAGCAGGUAGGGAAGAAAAAAAGAAGGAAGGAAAAGACAAAAAGAAGAGGAAGACAAGUACCUCUUCAUCUGAGACACAGUCUUCAUCCACCAGCUCCUCAUCUUCCUCUUCCUCCAGCUCCUCUUCUGAUGACUCCAGUGACAGUGACUCCAAAACAAAGAAGAGCCGACACAGCAAAAAAAAGCGAGUGAAACAGAAGGACAAGAAGAAGAAGAAGAAGAGAAUAAAGAAGAAAUCAAAAAAGUUAAAGGAAAGAGCUAAGGAGGAGAAAGCCAAGGAAGAGGUGAUGCCUGGACCCUCGCUGGAGCAGUGGCAGAAGGAGUCACUGGUGGACUCUGGACCAGUUUUAACAGAUGAACAGAAGUCCCGGAUCCAGGCCAUGAAGCCCAUGACAAAGGAGGAAGGGGACGCGAGGCAGAGCGUGAUCAGGAGAGUCGUGGAUCCCGAAACAGGGAGAACCAGAAGGCAGCCUGUGGGGCUCAGGGAGGUGGGGAGGGUCCCCUGUAAAUCUUCCUCUUCCUCAAGCUCCUCUUCUGAUGACUCCAGUGACAGUGACUCCAAAACAAAGAAGAGCCGACACAGCAAAAAAAAGCGAGUGAAACAGAAGGACAAGAAGAAGAAGAAGAAGAGAAUAAAGAAGAAAUCAAAAAAGUUAAAGGAAAGAGCUAAGGAGGAGAAAGCCAAGGAAGAGGUGAUGCCUGGACCCUCGCUGGAGCAGUGGCAGAAGGAGUCACUGGUGGACUCUGGACCAGUUUUAACAGAUGAACAGAAGUCCCGGAUCCAGGCCAUGAAGCCCAUGACAAAGGAGGAAUGGGACGCGAGGCAGAGCGUGAUCAGGAGAGUCGUGGAUCCCGAAACAGGGAGAACCAGGCUUAUUAAGGGAGAUGGAGAAAUACUAGAAGAGAUUGUCAGCAAGGAGAGACACAAGGAGAUUAACAAGCAAGCCACCCGUGGGGACGGGCUGGCCUUCCAGGCAAGGACAGGGAUGCUGCAGUGA